CUCACAAAUCUGAUUAUAUGAACACAAGAAGCUGUGAUGGCAAGAAUCGAUUGUUAGCUUUAGCGGCACAUUUAUACCAUUAAUUUUCACUUCCAGUGCAAAAAAAGAAUGAAUUUUUCCCGGUUCUUGUCUAACCUCGCGCCAUCCACCACCACUUCCAGGAACAAUCUGCUCAAACUUCAUCAAAGGUUUCAACUUUCCACCUCCUCCAUUAAAGGCAAGAAACCCAGAGAGAGUGAAUCCCAAAAUCUCACCCCACUCCUCUAUGAAAUCCGUGACAUUUUGUAUUCAGAGAAUAAGACUAGUGUUCAAGAAGAAUCUGGGUCUUCUUUACAAGGAAGAACCCAGCCUCAGGAUGAUGGUGACACUGCAGGGAAAACACCUUGCACACUAGAUGUUUGUGAAAAUGCCACUGAAAAGGGAGGAUUGCUCUCUUCCAACGACAAUCAAAUGGGGGCCUCGGGUGAUUAUGAUGUUAGCCCGAUUGUUCAUAAAAUUACUGGAAUUGUUAGGGAUGAAAAUGAUGCUGUGUCAAUGGAAGAGCGGUUGCAGAAUGCAAGUUUUGAGUAUAGUGGUGAGAUUGUUGAGAUGGUGUUGAAGAGGUGCUUCAAGGUUCCUCAUUUAGCUUUCAGGUUCUUCAAUUGGGUGAAAUCAGUGGAAGGGUUCCGCCACAACACGCGGACAUAUAAUGUGAUGAUUUAUAUGGCUGCAGAGGCUAAGGAUUUCCGUCUGGUUGAUGCACUGUUGGAGGAAAUGGGGAAGAAUUCGUGCGAGAAAAAUAUAAAGACGUGGAGCAUUGUCAUCUCCCAUUGUGGGGACGCAAAGUUGAUUGGAAAAGCCCUGUUAGUCUUUGAAAGGAUGAAGAAACAUGGCCCCAAACCAGAUCUAUUGGCUUAUAAACUCAUGUUGAAUGCCCUUUGCAAUGCUGGAAAGGCAGACAUUGCAUUCGAAUUCUACAAGGAAAUGAGCAAUGAUGGCAUGCUACUGGAUGAUCGUUUGUUCAAGAAGUUACUACAAUGCUUGGCUGCAUCUGGAGAUGCCAUUCAAGCACAUAAGAUUGGAUAAGAGAGGCUUUAGAAUUGAUUCGUGAAAUGAUGAAUAAGAAUGUAAACCUUGAGUUUGAAGAUUUUGAGACAUUGGUGAAAGGACUGUGCAAGGCUGGAAGAAUUAAUGAUGCAUUAGAGGUUGUUGAUAUUUCCAAGAAAAGAAAUGCAGGAAAUAAUA